CACAGGGCGUGUUUCACUCACUCACUCACACACACACACACACACACACACACACACACACACACACACACACACACACAUUCAUACUGUGUGUUUCUCAGCUGUGUAGUUUGUGUACAUGUUGUUAGCUACUAUGCUAAGGGACUGUUCCGAUUAAGCUAACCCAGGUAAGAGGAGGAAACGCCUUUUUAUGCUGGUCGGUCUCCACCUGUGACCUGUGAGCAGAGAGCACCCGUUCACCUGAGAGUUCAAAGCAGACGAGUCAGCGAGAUGGAGGAGGAAGAGGAGGCCCGAUGCUUUCUCAAGAGUUUUGUGGAGGAGUUCCCGGCUCCUCUGGAGGAGGGCGGUGUGCUGCCUGUGAACCCGCUGAGCCGCAGAGUCUCUGAGGACGAGCUGCACGGGGAGAGUCUGGAGCUGGGCCUGAGGCUGCUGACGGCCAGGGCUUCUCCCUCAGGCCUCAGCACCCUCCUGUGUCAGGAAGCUCUGUCCCAGCUGCUGCAGGAUGAUCUCUCCCCUUUCCACUGCCCACAGGAUGCCGAGGCCAGCCAGGAGGAGGAACACAAAGUCUUGCUUCAGUCAGAACAAGUCCAGCGUCACUUCCUCAACAAGCUGAUAAAUGUUGCACUGGCGUGGCAUCAAAAACUCCCCUCCCAGCGCCCCUCCCCCUCCCGUUACCUCCACUGCUCCGUUCACGCCAUCAAGAACACGAGGAGGAAGAUGGAGGACAAACACCUGGCUUUAGCCGAGUUCAACCAGCUGUUUGGUAUCAAGGAUGGAGUGAAGCGUGCCUACUACGCUGUGUUCGACGGCCAUGGAGGGGUGGAUGCCGCCAUCUUUGCGGCCACACACCUCCAUGUUUCCCUGAGCAGACAGGAGAGCCUGCAGAGCGACGCAGCUGCAGCCUUUAGAAGUGCCUUUACACACACUGAUGACAUGUUCAGAUGCAGAGCCAAGAGAGAGCGUCUGCGGAGCGGCACUACAGGUGUGUCGGUGCUGAUCCAGGGUCAGGAGCUGACGGUGGCCUGGCUCGGAGACUCUCAGGUGAUCCUGGUCAGAAAAGGACAAACUGUAACCCUGAUGGACCCUCAUAAACCAGACAGAGAGGAUGAGAAACAGCGGAUCGAGGACCUCGGUGGCUGUGUCACCUUUAUGGGCUGCUGGCGUGUUAACGGCACGUAUGCUGUUUCCAGAGCUAUAGGUGACUUUGACCAGAAGCCUUACGUCUCUGGGGACGCAGACAGCUCCACAACCCAGCUCCACGGGGACGAGGACUACCUGCUGCUGGCCUGUGACGGCUUCUUUGAUGCGGUUUGCCCGUCAGAGGUCCCACAUCUGGUCCUCGAUGCUCUCCAGCAGCCCGUUGACCCCGAGGAGGGCGGUGAAGACGCUCCGCUGGAUCAGUCCGAUGACGCUGUUGGACUGAGAGUCGCUCGGCGGCUGGUAGGUCACGCUAAGGCUGCCGGUUCCAGUGAUAACAUCACAGUGAUGGUAGUGUUCCUGCGUCCGCCGCUCCAGCUUCUCGCUCAAAACUCCACUGCGGGAACAGCUCAAGCUACGCAGGUCUCCACCUCCCAGGAUGCACCUCAGUAGUGAAGGAAGAGGUGUGUAGCACAAACGCCACUGUGCCAAGCUACUGAUUCAUUUCUUCCAUUUUUUUUUAUGUGCUCAGGUGGUGUUAAAACAUCCUGCAGGCCUUUGAGCUCAUUGGAUACAGACACACACACACACACACACACACACACACACACACACACACACACACACACACACACACACACACAGCACAUCCAGUUUAUUUAAAAACGGUCUUAAAUGUGUUAAUGCCCCUAACUAAGAUCAAAAUCUUUGAUCCUGGUUUGAUACCACAUGCUGUAAAUGAUGUAAUAUCCAUUAUUUUUAUGUUCCAUAGUACCGAAAAGUUCCAAAGUAACAAAUGUAAAAACAGACAUCUUUAAACCCAAAUCUGAAGCCAGUGGAGAGCGAGAGAGAGACAGCACAGCGGUGGGCGAUCAAGUGAAGGAAGUGAGCACCAGUAGUAACAAACUAAGUGGUGAUACAUAGAGAAAAAAAAAAUGUUGUUUUCUGAUUAUUUCACAGCAGUUACUCUCUUAAGAUCUUAGAAACAGGCGAGAAGUCGCUCUCCCUCCUGCCCGCUGCGUCUGUCUCUCUGCUCUGCCCUCUGUGACAGACAUUACAGUUUUAUUCUCCGCUUGAUUAAGUCCCUUUGGAAUCUAAUUGAUAUGCACACGUUAACUUAAUUAGUUUCUGUUUUAGACAGAUAGAGAGCAGAGGACAGAGACAGUGAUGUCACCUGGUCCCUUUGUUUUGUAAAGGUCACGACCUGCAGACUAUUAUUGAGCUUCUCAUCACUACACUGAAAUGUUCUGAAUGAGAAUAUUCAGACAGAGCAGAAUCACUGCACACACUUCUUCUGGUUAUUAACGAUGACUCAGAGGACAUGUUUCAUUUUGGAUCUACAUUAUUUGUAGGAAAAUCAUAUUUAUUUAGCUUUUCAUUUUAAUUAACAGUAUGUCAAAUGUUGGUGAUGUGUUCAGUGAGCCUUUCUAAUGUUCAGGUUGAAAAUCCAAAAUACCUGUAUUAACCAGUUUUGGACACCCAGGAGGUCAUUUUUUGUUGCCUUGGUAUCAAAACAGGAAUCGACAUGGUUUGAUUUUUUUUACUAGUAUCGUAUCAAAAUUCAUAACUCUGUUAUUGUGACAACGCUACCCCAAACAUCUUCCCCUUAGCGGGAAAAUAACCAGCUGUUUGUGACUUUUUAGAAAGGGAAGCCACAAUUUUAACUUUAAGUCGAUUUUUUAAGGUAACCUUUUUUUACUAAUGUUAUAUCAAAUCUAAACAAACAGUUUGACUUUUUUUUAAAGCAAAACUCAGAGUGUUUAUUUAAAGGGCUACCAACAACUCAAACAGUUAACAGCUGAGGGGAUUAGUAAAGUGUCAAGUUAAACAAUUUAACUUAAGAAAAGGAGUAGGCAUGGAUAAAAGUUUAUCAACAGGUUCCUUCACAGGCUUUAGGUUUUUUUACUUUCAUCAACUCUGCAACGAAAGUGUUCUGACGAGUCUGUUACUUCAUACUAUGUGUUAUUUAUUAUCAAGCUGUAGGUCUCAUUAUGUUCUCUAAGCAUUAUCAGUAUUAUUACAUUGAUCAUACAGCAUAUCCAUCAGUUCAUGACUUUUAGUUCUUCCCUGAGGCGACCUCUUUAAUUAUUUAUCUUGCCUGUUAAUAUUUUGGGGUCUAAAUGACUGUAAAGGAUCAAAGUUCUGAAUUACUCCCCUAGUGUUGCUUCAUACAAAUAUUUUUUUAAAUUAUGAAUGAGAAGCUUUUUUUUCUUAAACCAGAAAAAGCUUUAAUGUGGCUCUCAUUUAAGCCACCACUCCAUUGACAAAUACAGUCAUCUUACCUCACAGAACACAGCGUGAGUGUUUCUUGUCUCGAUCAGACAGUUUGUGUCAUUUUGGUGAGUUCAGAUCCAACUUUAUAUUUUCAGUAUGGACUAAAACACAAUGAAAUAACUGAUCAGAGCAGCGGUAGACCAACUACGAAGGAGUAAUAGGGCCACAUUAAGGGGGAAAACAGAGAUUUGGAGUUUACGAGAUUAAAGUCAUGCAUUUACGAGAAUGAAUUUGUCAUGUUAGUCUAUAGUUAUGUCAGAAGAGCAGCCUCCUGUCGGAAAAUGAGGAACGUGGAGCAUCUUGUGAAGUUAUACUCUAGUCUAGUAGGUCUUACAAAUAAGAAGAUACUUCUUUGUGUAGCCUGUAGUAUUAACUGACCUGCUUGAAAACAGUUUGACAAGGUCUCAAAAUAUCUGAAUAGUUGUGUUGGGGCUUUACUUAUGCAGAUAUGAAACUACACAUGCUUUUGGCAUAUCAGGACCCUGAAAAUAUACCGCAAACAAAUUGGGGCUUUCCUAUUGAGAAAGAACCACACUGAAGUUGUCUCUUUUGUGGCCGAGGAAAGGCUGUAUGUUUUCUCCUUUCAUCAUGUUAGCGCAGGAGGAUGGCUGCUCUUCUGAUACAACCUUUAAGAAUUCUAAUUGUAACCAUAGUCAUAAAUCAAUUUAUGAAUUUCAUACCGUAAAAUAGCGACUUUAAUCUAGAAAUUUUAGAAAAACAAAUCUUCCAUAUUCGGUCGUAACAAACAACUCUGGCGUCUUGAGAGGUAAAUUUACAGUUUCUGCCAACGGAGUGUGGUGGCUUUGAAAAGUGAUUACACAGCAGUUUCUUGUUUCUAUUGUUGUACAAAUUAGUCAUUCAGACCCCCCAAAAAACAUGUAUUAAAAAGAGCACAUCUAAUGAAAUACCAGAAUUAAUCUGAUGCCUUUACCACUCAGUGAGUAGCCUUCAGUGAAAGCGUUCAGUGUGGAAACAUGUACAGUUUCAAAAGUGCUCACCAGCCUUAAAGAACUGAAAGCAGUUGAUUUGUAAUGCCAAGCAGUAUAACUAUACAAGUAUUUAACUCUGUGUACAGAGCAGGGAAGCACGAGGAUCGAAGCGGUAUAACCUGCCUUUAUUAAAGGAAACUGGACCUUGUCUGUUUUGGGGGUUUGGGAACAAAAGGACAAAAUGAUUUAGAGUACAGUCAGUGUUUUAAUGAUGAGGCCGUGUUGUUGUGCCAGAUGAACUCAAUAAGCUUAAUAUGCUGAGGUGAGGGAAGAUUAAUGUGGAACAUGUUUUACAGUAUUUCCGAGGUUUUCUAUUGUUACUAACAUUUCUUGAUCAUGCCUUUAUAAAAAUAUCAAGAUUUCAUCUGUACUGACAGAUUAAAAAAAAGCACUGUAAUAUUCUGUAUCGCUGAAAAGACCAUGCAGUGUGCUGUUUUAUAAAAUGUAUUAACAUUAAGUCUCACAUUUUAAUAAGCUGUAAGUUUUAAUACGUUUCUGAAAUAAAAGGACCUGAUUGGUUUGGAACAAGUUGA